AGAGCAAAUGUCUCUCAGAGCCGUGCAUGUCUUAAACGUUCCUAGUCUCCACCAAGUCACAGAAAAUGCAGCAUUGGCCCUCCAUUCUUCACGCUUGGCUCAGGGUGUGAAAGAUGAAGGUGAAGUAACCAUAUGUGGAUACGAAUGGCCCAAGUUCAUGGUGAUGGGACACAGAGGCAGCGGGAUGAACAUGCUACAAUCUUAUGAUACAAGGCUCAAAUGCAUCAAAGAGAACUCUAUUCUCUCUUUCAAUUCUGCCUCUAAAUUCCCUAUCGAUUUCGUCGAGUUUGACGUUCAGGUGACCAAAGAUGACUAUCCAGUCAUUUUUCAUGACAACUUUAUUGGCGCUGAGGACAAGGGUGUUUUCAAGGAGCAAAGGGUUACAGACAUAACUCUGCUGGAAUUUCUUUCCUAUGGACCUCAGAAGGAGGCAGGAAAGGUUGAGAGGCCUAUGCUUAGGAAAAUAAAAGAUGGAAGAAUUUUUGAGUGGAAGGUAGAAAAGGAUGACUCCCUAUGCACAUUGCAAGAGGUGUUCGAGAAAGUUGAACGUUCCAAGGGUUUCAAUAUAGAAUUGAAGUUUGAUGAUCAGAUAGUCUACAAAGAGGAAAAACUCGAGCAUGUUCUUCGAGUGAUCUUGCAGGUGGUAAAUAAGUUCGCCAAAGACAGACCAAUUCUGUUUUCAAGCUUUCAACCUGAUGCUGCACUUUUGAUGAGAAAAUUGCAGAGCACAUACCCUGUAUAUUUCCUCACAAAUGGAGGGUCUGAAAUUUACGCGGAUGUUCGAAGGAAUUCGAUGGAAGAGGCCAUUAAGGUUUGCUUGCGGGGCGGUUUGCACGGAAUUGUAUCAGAAGUAAAAGCUAUCUUCAGAAAUCCAGGAGCAGUGACCAGGAUCAAAGAGGCCAAACUUGGCAUUAUAACCUAUGGACAAUUAAAGUAA